AAUCGCAGGCCAGAAAAGAAAGUUUCCGCCAGUCGUCGGGCGAGUUGGGCUCGAAGCGUGCUGGGGAGGCAGCAUGCACCGCGUUUGCUGACACUCAGCUGCACCAAAUUAGUGAAUAUCGCGAGUGCUUCCUUUCGAAUAUCAUAAACUUUUCCCAUACAAUGCGGAGACUAUGACAGAUGCUUUUUCGUAGCAUUGUCCGUGCUCAACUAUUUAAGUAGGACAACUUCGAUUUCACACAUCCGCGUGCAGUGAACAUGAAAAGAGAGCUGUUUGCACACCUUCGCAACAACUAUGGCAACGCUUGCAUUGCUGUUGGAUUGUUCUACCUGUUCGUCGUCAAGGCGUCGUGGGCGGCCGACCUGGCCAUCCAGAUCCCGGCGGGCGGCGGCGGCGCCUUCCGCCUGGACUACCAGCCGCCCGUGGGCGAGCCGGCGCCCAACUCCACCGUGUCCGGCGGCGAGAUCCGCUUCUCGCGCGCGCUGCCCGGCACGCGCUACGAGUUCUGGCUCUACUUCAGCAACAGCUCGGUGAGCGAGCUGCUGACGUGGACGGCGUCCAUCACCACGGCGCCCGACCCGCCCACCAACCUCACGGUGACGCCGCAGGGCGGCAAGCAGGCGCUGGUGUCGUGGCGGCCGCCCGCGCGCGGACACGCCUCCUCCUACAAGAUCAAGGUCAUCCCGCUGUCGGAGUCUCUGCCUCCCGAGGCCCAGCGCGCGGUCACGCUCCACGAGACGGGCCUGCAGUACACGCUGCAGAACCUGACGCCCGGCGCGUCCUACCAGCUGCAGCUGCUCACCGUCUACGACGACAAGGAGAGCCUGGCCUACACCUCGCGCAACUUCACCACGAAGCCCAACACUCCCGGAAAGUUCAUCGUGUGGUUCCGCAAUGAGACGACGCUGCUGGUGCUGUGGCAGCCGCCCUACCCCGUGGGGGUCUUCUCCGACUACAAGGUCAGCAUCCAGCCCCCGGACGCCCCCGACUCGGUGCUGUACGUCAGCAAAGACACCGAACCUCCGGGCCCUGCACAAGCCGCCUUCAAGGGUCUGGUGCCGGGCCGAGCCUACGACAUCUCCGUGCAGACGGAGACGGACAACGCGGAGGUGUCGACGCCGACGACGGCGCAGUACCGCACGGUGCCCUUGCGGCCGCUCAACGUCUCCUACGACCCCGCCUCCGUCAGCGAGUCCUCCUUCCGCGUGCACUGGGAGCCCCCGCGCGGCAACAGCGAGUUCGACAAGUACCAGGUGAUGCUGUCGCUUCGCCGGCCGACGCCGGUGACCCUGGGCCGCGACGAGCCCACCACGGUGGAGUUCCGCGAGGGCCUGGAAGCGGGCCGCAGCUACCAGGUGGUGGUGAAGACGGUGUCGGGCAAAGUCACCAGUUGGCCUGCCACCGUCAACGUCACGCUCAAACCUCUGCCUGUGAGAAAUCUUCAGGCAUCUAUGGAUGAGGGCUCUGGGCUUGUCAGUGUGUCAUGGGCACCUGACAAUUCCAGUCACCAGGAGUCAUACAAGUUGACAUAUCAUGAAGUGGACUCUUCUUUCAAUGGAGACAGCAAUGUCUUGAAGGAAAUUCAUCCUCCUAUUCGUCUAGAAUCUUUAUUACCCGGUCGAAAUUACUCCAUCAGUGUUGUUGCUGUCAGUGGAGGAGUAGAGAGCAAUGAAACUCUUGUGUAUCAAGCGACUCGUCCUUUCUCACCAAUAAUUGGAACUAUUACACCAAUUGAAAGAGGACUCAAUAUAUCAUGGAAAUCAGAUGUUAAAACACGUCAAGAGAAAUUUGAAGUUGUUUACAAGCGCAAUGACACCGAUGAAGCAGUCUCAACUUUGACAAUUGAGAGCAGUUUAAUUUUACGUGACUUGUAUCCGGGAGCAGGUUAUGAAGUCAAAGUUUUUGCACUAAGUCAUGGUCUUCGAUCAGAACCACAUGCACACUUCCAAGCUGUCUAUCCACAUCCUCCACAAAACGUCACCAUAGAAAAAGUCACAAGUAACUCUGUAGUAGUGCGAUGGUUACCUCCAACAGAUUCCUUGUAUCAAGAAUUUAUUGUGAAAUCACGACCUGAAUCAGAAGACACAUGGGUUCCAUUUGAUCCAUCAACAAGAUUUGAGGCAGAGGUUAUUGACAUGGUUCCAGGAGAAAAAUACCAUAUUCAAGUUAUUACAGCAUCAUUUGGUGUUGAAAGUAUUCACCCACAAGAAGUGACUCAUACAAUCCGUCCAAAUCCUGUUUCAAACAUUGCUCCUCUUGUGGAUUCCACUAAUGUAACUUUGGAAUGGCCUCGACCAGAAGGUCGAGUUGAAAGGUACAUAGUGCGUUGGCAAGCUGUAGAUGAUCCUGAAUUUGUUCAGGUGCGAAAUGUGACUGAACAGAUGGUGAACCCUCGUUCUGAACAUAAUACUGAAGAGGGUAGACCAGUUAGAGUUUUAAUUGGUGAUCUUACUCCUGGGUUAAAUUACACUUUCCGUAUCCAUACAGAAUCAUAUGGUUUACAGUCAGAUAAUACUGUGCUUUAUGAGCGAACAAUGCCAUUAAUCCAGUCUGAAGUUGUAGUAGUCAAUAACCCUCAAUUGACUGAUGAAGUAACUUUACGCUAUACCCCAACACCUCCUGCUUCAUCUCGAUUUGAUAGAUACAGAUUUCAGUUAUCAGAUCCUAAUGUUCAAAUCAAAGAAAAGCCUUCAAAUGAUACUGAUAUGAAAGUAACAUUCAAAGGGCUUGUUCCUGGCCGACUCUAUAACAUUACUCUAUGGACUGUAUCUGGGAAUCGUCUCUCUCAACCAUUGCAGCGACAAGACAGACUAUACCCAGAAAGUGUUUCUCAUAUAAAUGCUACAAUUAUAACUGAUACAAUGAUCACACUUGUGUGGGAUCCUCCUACUGGAGAUUAUACAGAAUUUGAAGUUUCAUAUCUAAAUGCUGAACAAGCAUUAGUAAAUAAUGUUACCCGGCAUAACUCCAUUACCAUAACUGAACUACGUCCACAUUGGAAUUAUACUUUCACUGUAACUGUGAGAUCAGGCACUGAAUCAUCUAUAUUACGAAAAUCUCUACCUAUCAGUAAAACAUUUUCUACUCAUGAAUCUGUGCCUGGCAAGGUGGAACAUUUUCAUCCAGAAGAUAUUCAACCAUCAGAUAUAACUUUUAGUUGGAUGUUACCAUCAAAUGAACAAAAUGGAGUGAUACUCAAAUUCUCCAUCACUUAUGGUCUGGAGGGAUCAACACUUACAGAAGUGCGAGAUUUUGGAUCUCAGGAAUUAGGUGGAACUAUUCGCAACUUAAUUCCUGGGAAGACCUAUUUAUUUAGAAUUCAGGCUGAAACACGAGUAGGUUAUGGACCAGAAGCUGUUUGGAAACAGAAAAUGCCUAUUCUUGCUCCUCCAAUUCCUGGACCUCGAGUGGUUCCAUCGGAAGUGAGCGUCACAUCCAAAACUAUUCAAAUUCGCUAUCGCAAGAACUACUUUUCUGAUAAGAAUGGAGCUGUUAUUUCUUAUACAGUAAUUGUGGCUGAAGACAACUCAAAGAAUGCUUCAGGACUUGAAAUGCCCAGUUGGAGAGAUGUUCAGGCGUACAGUGUGUGGCCUCCUUAUCAGGUGAUGGAACCUUAUUUUCCCUUUGUUAAUGCCACUGUUGAGGAUUUCAUUGUUGGACGUGACAGCUGUGAUGUACGUAGUUUGGGGUAUUGCAAUGGCCCUUUGAAGCCUGGCACAACAUAUAGAGUGAAAGUUCGAGCAUUUACUGCUCCUGAUAAAUUCACUGACACUGCAUAUUCCUUCCCAAUUCAGACAGAUGCAGACAAUACCCAUAUUAUCCUUGGAGUGGGAGUGCCAGUUGUUAUUGUAUUGCUUUUAGCAAUAACUAUCUUUAUCUUGAAAAGGAGAAGAACAGUGGGAAGACGUGCUGCAGAGACACGUGGCAAUGAUAGUCUUUCUUUGCCAGAUAGUAUUAUUGAAACUAGUCGGCCAAUUCGUUUGGACAAGUUUGCUGAACACUAUCGCAUAAUGUCAGCAGAUUCAGAUUUUCGGUUCUCUGAAGAAUUUGAAGAACUAAAACAUGUGGGAAGAGAGCAACCAUGUACUGCUGCUGAUCUCCCAUGCAAUCGUCCCAAGAAUAGAUUCACCAACAUUUUGCCAUAUGACCAUUCCCGCUUUAAAUUGCAACCUGUAGACGAUGAGGAAGGAUCUGAUUAUAUAAAUGCAAAUUAUGUUCCAGGUCAUAAUUCUCCUCGUGAGUUCUUGGUUACUCAAGGACCUUUACAUUCAACUAGAGAUGACUUUUGGAGGAUGUGUUGGGAAAGCAAUUCACGUGCCAUUGUUAUGUUAACGCGUUGCGUUGAGAAAGGAAGAGAGAAAUGUGAUCAUUACUGGCCAUAUGACACAUUACCAGUGUAUUAUGGAGAUAUUUGUGUCACAACUCUAAAUGACAGUCACUACCCUGAUUGGAAUGUUACUGAAUUUAUGAUGUGCCGUGGUGAUCAAACACGCAUUAUAAGGCACUUUCAUUUCACCACCUGGCCUGAUUUUGGGGUACCUAGUCCCCCACAAACAUUGGUGCGUUUUGUAAGGGCAUUUCGAGAGCGUGUUGGUCCAGAUCAGAAACCCAUUGUUGUUCAUUGCAGUGCGGGAGUUGGUCGUUCUGGAACCUUCAUUGCUCUUGAUAGCAUACUCCAACAGAUCACUAUUCAAGAUCAUGUUGAUAUUUUUGGCAUUGUGUGGGCUAUGCGCAAGGAGCGUGUGUGGAUGGUACAGACUGAACAGCAGUAUAUUUGCAUUCAUCAGUGCUUACUAGCUGUGCUUGAAGGUUCCGAGAAUCAAGGUCCUCCCAGAGAAGUUCAUGACAACCAGGGCUUUGAAGGCGAGUUGGACAAUGUCCUUCUCGUUGAGGUGGUGACAGCCAUUAGAGGCUUUUCUUCUGACACCUAUGGUGAAGGUGAUGAUGAGGGCAUUGCAGAGUCUGGAAUGUGAGGUGGAAAACAAUAAGUUCCUUCCAAAAAAGAUAUUCAAAUUCAUCACGAUCUUCUCAAGAUGAGAAACACUAUGGAUUUAUGUUGUCUAUACACUCAAGAGAACAUCUCUUGUAAUGUUUUAUUGUAAGAUAGAUGAGGACCAAUAGGUCUGAAAGUUUUAAAUAAGUAGUGCCUCAACUGUGCCAGUUUUCCCAUGACAAAUUUGCACAAUUUAUUUAGAAUAAUUGAAACUUCAUUUCAUACACCCCCCCACACCAAGUUACUCGUUAGCAUAGCAGUGCUUAUAAUCGGUGGUGAUUGCGACUUAAUGCAAAUAAGACAAUACUAUGUGAAUAGCAAGUUUGAUGUACUAAGUAAGAAGUGACUGAUUGUUUAAAAAUAAUAAUUUAUGUAAUAUAGUUAUUUUUCAAACAUUGCAGUUUCACUAAUGAAUGUAUUGUUCUGCCAAAUCUCAUGAGUUUUGUUCAUGUAAUGAACUUUGUUACAAAAUGCAUUAUUUGCAACCCUUCAUUUUCUAUCAUACCUUGUUCUAUGCUUGACCAAUGCUUAAGUAGCAUUGGGUAUUUUUAAUUGUAUCUCCAGUACUUAAUCUAUUGACAGUAUUACUGUAUAUAUGUUAUGAAAGUUUAUAAACAUUUACUCUGUCUAAAUUUAAUAUUUCUAUUUUGUGAAGAACAAAGUGUUAUUUCAUUUGUAUAUUAAAAUUUCAGAGGCUAUUUGAGUGCAGGCACUCCUUUGAAAAUGUACAUUUUUAAAUUUAGCCAUUGAAAUGUUGAGAAAAAAAUAUUUUGAUAUGUAUUCUCUAUUGAAGUAUUUUGUAAUAAAAAUGUGUAUAUAUAGUUCAUAGAUUGACUAGUGUGGCUUGAAGAGUCACAGGGUGCAAUUUUAGAACUGAGGACCAAGGGAUUCUUCUUCCAAAUAUUACUUAAGAAAACAUAACUGAAGGUCAAGCCUCCAAAUCUUGUUACUUGUUGAACUGACUUCUUACUUUUAUGAUAGUGCAAUUAUAAUACCACUACUUCUCUAAUAAUGUAUUUCAAGUGAAUAUAAAACGUAAGUCUAUUCAUGUAACAUUAAGAAAACUUUACUUUUUAUACUUGAAUGUUGAGUGAUAAAUGGACCAAGGAACUAACAGUUCUGGUAAAAUUUUUAAAUUAAAGACAGUGCAGCUUCUCACUCAAUGGAUUUGUUUUGGUAUUAUUUGCCCAGCUUUGCAGAGUGCAGAAUAAAAGUGUUAUAAGUAGAAAAUGUGAAAGACAUCCUAUCAAAUGAAGAAAGAAAAUUCAUUGUUAACUAGGGUGACCAUAUAUUAAACCCCAAAAAACAAGACAGUGUGACAUUUUCUUGACUUGAAAACAGGACACAUGUACAACAAAAAAUGCAAUGUUACAUACUGGUAAUAAAAGUAACCUACAUUUUUAAACCUUAAUAGAAAUGAAUAGCAGAAAUUCAAAGAAAACAAGUCUGCAGUUUUAAAUUUAUUACAAGUAUUUAUUUGCAGAAAUUACUUUUUGUAAAAGUGGUACAUUAUUUACAAUGUAAUCUUGGAAUUCAAUUCAUGAUUUCUCAUGAUAGUGUUUCUUAACAAUAGUCAUUGCUGGGACAGUCAACAAACAGUUGUUUUUGUCAGGCCAUAAAGUAUUUAUUAAAGAAAGUACCGUUUCCAUGGAUGCAUUAUGAUUAGUUCCUGGAAUUGUGAGAAUAAAUUCUACCCCUUUGCUUACAGCUGCUUUACUUAAGGUUCAACAAUAUUAUAAACAGACAUUAAAUGUUCAUGUAACAUGCAAUUUCUUUGGCAUUCCAUCAAGAGUAUAUUGUUGCCAAUAGGCAUCUCUGUCAAAAGAAAAGUGCUAGAGAUGCCUACAACAAUAUACUCUGAUAUGUGGCUGGCAGGGUUGCCAUUUUGAGAAUUCUUACUAAUGCAUCAAAUAGAAAUAAAAGCAUCAAUUGUAUAAUAAACAGGACAUGACAUUAGGAGAAGGGACAAUUAGAUUCCUGUUAAAGCUUCUUCAAGACAAUCCCGUUAAACACAGGAUGUUUGGUCACCUGAACUGAAGUAUAUUUCAAGAAAAAAAUUAAUGGUUCUGUGAAACAAGAAAACAAG